UAUUUGAUCAUUUCUUCACAAUUUUCAAAUUCUCUGAAUGUAAAUUAAUCAGUUUUGCAGCUCAGGAUAAAAUAAUGAAGUCAGACGUGUACGGUAAAAUUUUGCUUGUGCCACCUCCUCUCGUUACUUACAUUCCCAUCCUCGUCUUUUUGGUGAUGAAGGUGUUUUACAGAAGAAGAUUUGAUCAAAUCAGUCUCUGGGUUGCCACAAAUGCAUUUUCCGAUAUAUUCAAGGAGAAGAAGAAGAAGACUUGUUGUCCUCGAGAAGCGAGGUGGCUGUUUAAAGACAUUGAUCUAACAGCAGAGGAUGAAUUAUUAUCCAAGGUCCUAACCAGAUUUUUGAUGCUGUUUUCUUUGAUGUUUGGCAUUGUGCUGACAGUUUUUUGGCUGCUCUUUGUGCUGGAUGUAAGUUACGACUGCGAUGAAGAUGACCUCUCGAAAGACUGCUUCGAACGCAAAUGGACUUCGGAGCCGCAAGACCCCCUAAACUGUAGCAGUGCUGCCGUUCAAACCUUGAUUCAAAAUGGAACCAUACAGGUCGUCUGCAACAAAAUCGUCUUCAAUUUUGGAUUGGCCAGUGGUGCAAGUUACGGCUCCUUCAAGCUCUCUAUGUUCGCCAUUAAGGUAAGUGCAAGUGCACUCUUGAGGAUUGAGACAACAAAGAUGCUACGAUGCGUGCAAGUUUUUUGUGGAUUACUGGUUCUCGGUAUUAACAUAUCGCUUAUAGUUGUUGACACAGCCAUUCCUUCGGUAGCCAUCUUGUUGAGAGAUCAAAAAGUUGCUAUCGUUCAGCUGCUAACAACAACAAUCACUGCUUUUUACUUCCUAUUCUUUAUUCCCUGGCGGGAACUCAUUGACUUGAAAACCCAGAGAGAGAACCCGUAAGAUACUGUCAUAGGAAACUGUGCUUAGACAUCUGUAUAGACACCACUUAAGUAGAGACUUGAAAUUCUAGAAAAGUUUCGAGUAAUUACCUGAACCAAUUGAUGAAACAAUGCUUUAGUGACUGACAACAAAUAGCCUUGUGAAGACUGUUCUAGCGGUGGGUUUUUGUGGUGAGAGUAGUACCCUUGCCAGACAGCUAAUGUUAAACGAGAACGGCAAAAUUAAACUCAUAUCUAUUUACCAUUCAUGAAUCAACCACAAUGGCAGUCUAACUAGGGAAUAGUUGAUAAACUAUUCAAGGAAGUUAUACAGAGCGAACACAACAAGCUCCAUGACCUUUCUUCUGCUCGUAACACAUGUACCUUGAUCCUAAGAAACAUAUGGAAGUUUAAGCUCGUCUUCAAAGGCAGUCUAAAUAGGGAUUAGCUGAAAAACUGUUUAAGAAAGUUAUACAGCGCGAACAGAACAAGCUCCAUGACCUUGUUUCUGCUCGUUACACAUGUACCCUGAUCCUAAUAAAUAUAUGGAAGUUUAGGUUCGCCUUCAAGACGAACAGACUUCGUAACAGGCUUAUUACUUUUAAUGCCCUUAAGGCCUUAUCGAUUUAUUAGACUUUUAUAUUUCUUCGACACAUUUCAUUUACCAGCAUAACAUAUUUUACAUAUAUAUGUUGAUAUAAACUUGUUUUAAACUAUUGGUAGUCCUUUUUAAGAAUCUUUUUGUGAUAAUCGUAUAACUCAACUUUUGGUAGCAAAGCGGCUAUCAAUAAACUAUCUAUCUAUCUCUCUAUCGAGUCAUUGCAUCAUAAUUCCUAUGCGUUAUUCCUUGGAAAAAACUCAUGGCGAUGAACUCGGCGAGGAAACAUCUAAAUAUUACGCCAGUAAAUUACUCGCUGUGAAAAUCUGCUUCAAAAUCUGCAGACGCUUAUCUGAUGUUUAAAUCUAAGGGAAUGUGAGAAAUGGGCAUAUGAAACAGUUGUUCAGACAGCGCCUCCUAUAACUUCACGCAUUUAUUUAUCACAGUUUAGUAUUAGAGCAUGAGGCCAUGAGGUUUCUUGUUUUCCCACUCUAAGAACCAUUUUUGUCUCACAGCUAGAAAUAGUGCUGCGAGAAAAUUAAACGUUUAGGAAAUUAAGAAGACAAUUUUCCCGAAAUUGUUUAUCUCCUUGUAAGAAAGCUUAUUUAAGCACGUAAUGCAGAUUAUUUUGACCUUCGUUUUCCGAGUUAACCAGGUAUGCAUUAAAUUAGAACAGUGAUGAAAAUUGUCAACUUGUGCCCCUGAAUGUCAAAAAUUAUAAUUGUUGCGUCAACACCAUGCACAUCGAUGCAAAGUCUUGCUUUGCAGUGAGGACGUGUCAUUUUAGGAAAGCGUACUCCGACAUCCGUCAGAAGGAGGUCAUCUCGGGUAGAUUUCUGAUGACGAAAUCCGAGCUCGCCCGAUGUUGUCAUGAAGGCCCUAUUUCGCAUUUUAGAGCCGCAAAAUAGAGUAGAAAGGAACACUUACUUCGUUUCCGCUCAUGACUUUGAACUAGCGUUAAGAUAUUUGCAUUUUUUUCCGUUGCUAACCUAUAUGACAGAUUCCACAAAAUACAUUUGACGCCUCCUUUUCACGGAUGGCCGAUCACAACUACAACGUAAUGACAUCUUCACGAAAUCUGUCAAAAGCAGGAUUUUAAAACACCGGAAAUCUUCUGGAUUUCUGAUGAAAUAAAUUUAACGCAGUUACGUUCAGAGUUUAAGCGAUACAUUGUUAUUUUUAAUAUGGUAAUUGAUUAAAAAAUUGUACAUUACCUCGAUUGGACGGAGACUAAGUUUGAAUAUAAUGUAGCAGGCGAUAUUACUUUUGUCGACAAGGAUAAUCCGUGACUUGUCUCACCUAUAACAUUUUCUCUAUCUGCGUUGUGCCAUGAUCAUCAUUGGAAAUAUUCUACGAUAAUAUUUUUCAUAAUAUUUAGAUGAGGAUUUCAAUUCUAAACGCAAGAGCGUACUUGGGGAAAGAUCUACAAGAAACAGUUUCUCAUGAAUACAUUUUAAAAAUUCUUUUAGCUGACUUCUACAUAGAUAAAAAUUACUACAUAGAUAUAUUUCACUUCGAAGAUUAUCUUAAUAAACAAUUGACGGGAAGUUCUGAGAAUCAGUUUUUUUCAGUUUUGACUGAUUUCGUGGAGUGUUACUAUGUUGUAGUUGUAAUCGGACAUCCGUGAAAAGGAGGUAUCGCAGAAAUUUUGUGAAGUCUGUAAUAAAGGUAAGCAACGAAAAAAAAAAAGCAAAUAUCUUACGGCUGAUACGAAGUCAUGAGCGAAAACGAAGCACGUGUUCGUUUCUACUCUGUUUUGCGGGUUUAAUAUGCUAAAUAGGGCCUUCAUCACGAAGACAACAUCGGGCGAGCUCGGAUUUCGUAAUCGGAAAUCUACCCGAGAUGACCUCCUUCUGACGGAUGUGGGAGUACGCUUUCCGUCAUUUUAAGGGUAUAACUAGUUAUAGUUCUCACUAGAGCUGCCCCCGCCCUACAGUAUCAUUUCCUUCUGUUUUUUUUUUUUUGAGUUGGGCUUGUUGUUUACAGUUGUGUAACUUUUCUGUUAGGCUGUUACGGAAUUGCGGCUCAGUACUUUGGUUUUAGUAAUUUUGGAUCUCAAAAUACUAAAAGUGUACAAGAUGUAGUUUUGGGAAGUGCUUGGGGUUUUUUUUUUUGCUCCGUGGUUUAAUUUAGGAUUUUUUUGUUCUUCACGAUCAAGAAGAAGCAGAAUGUAGGGACUUGGGUGAGUUUUAACAUUGGAAUGUUAUAGGUGGCAUUGGAGAACAAUUUAUAGACAGCAUUGAAGAACAAUUUAUUAUUAUAUAGUUAUUAGACACAAAAUUAUACCUUAAGAGGUCAAUUUUAAAUAGAAUUUGUUUGAAAGGCAUUGAAAAAUUGGUUUGUUGAAUAGAACGUUCUAUUAUUAUAAACUGUAAAAACGAUAAGUGGAUGAAUUGUAACUGGAACUUUGAAAAGCUGGCUUUUCGUGGUGUCAUCCAUCGAACUUAUCAUUAUUCUUAUCAUCUGCGUUUAGUCUACUGCCGUCUGCAGAAUGAUGUCGAAGUAAUAUGUAAAUCCUUGCUGGCUUUUUCGAUUUUGCUCUACUUUUUGUACAUAUCCAGUAAAGCCUGAAAAAAAAAUUAUAAAUGUUUAUUUUAUAUUAAACCUACAUGCAUAUUUUCACACAAAUUUAUCAAAUCCAUAAGUUCCGGAGAGAAUUCAAUAAAGACAAAUUUUGCCUGUGAACUAUAGGUUAAAACUGGGUCAUCUGUAGGGGUUUCACAAUUAGGGCAAUUCAACUUUCCUGGUUCAGUUUGAAUAGCAGAGAUAAAUUGUGGCCAAGAAUUGUGAUCUAAUUGACAUUUUUGUAAUGCAGAUCUCGUCACAUAGUUAACCAAAAUAGAGCUUUUGAGAGCUACAUUGUCAUGGCAGGUCUUACAAAAUGACUCAAAGAUUCUCUGAGAUGAAAAUAUAUUCAUUUCCUCUGAAGAAAGAUCACCAAAGGUUCAUUCCUCGAAAAUCUGACUGAAGCAUGCAUUAGAAUCCCUUGCCAAAAACGAGGGGCAAUGUUGCUGUAAAUAUACCCAAAUUGGUUUCCUUAUUUCUCUCAACAUUUUAUCAUUUCCUUGUGACUCAAUGUAUCUUUUACAUGUGUUGAAAAGGAGUUCUGUGAAUUCAUUUCGCACAGUCAGUGUAGACAAAUAGGGUAAAAAUAGAUGGGAUGAGACUUCUAAAAAAGUGUCCACUGCACAGGAAUACAUAUUAGGGACACUUAGAAUAGAAUUCAUAAAAUGUCCCCUCUUUGAGAUUAAUGGGUUUAUUUCACAAUCACCUAACUGAACUUCCUCUGUCAUGUUGUUACUAUUCAUUAACUACUGUAUGCCAUAGGAUCUGCUUCUAUGUUAAACAUGCUCAUGCUUUCUUAAAUUACAAAGAACCAUCCUUUAGCAAAGUUUCUUUUCAGGGUAGCUAAACUACAAAAUUCUUUAACACCUGCACAAAGAUCAUCAAGGUGGGUCCAGUUCCCUUGAGUAAGAACUGCGCAGGUAAAAUGUCCAUUGUAACACACCAUCCCCUUUAACUUAUAUUCACUCGAGCCUACAUGCAUAUUUUCACACAAAUUUAUCAAAUCCAUAAGUUCUGGAGAGAAUUCAAUAAAGACAAAUUUUGCCUGUGAACUAUAGGUUAAAACUGGGUCAUCUGUAGGGGUUUUACAAUUAGGACAAUUCAACUUUCCUGGUUCAGUUUGAAUAGCAGAGAUAAAAUGUGGCCAAGAAUUGUGAUCCAAUUGACAUUUUUGUAAUGCAGAUCUUGUCAUAUAGUUAACCAAAAUAAAGCUUUUGAGAGCUACAUUGUCAUGGCAGGUCUUACAAAAUGACUCAAAGAUUCUCUGAGAUGAAAAUAUAUUCAUUUCCUCUGAAGAAAGAUCACCAAAGGUUCGUUCCUCGAAAAUCUGACUGAAGCACGCAUUACAAUCUCUUGACAAAAACGAGGGGCAAUGUUGUUGUAAAUAUACCCAAAGCGGUUCCCUUAGUUCUCUCAACUAUCUGUCAUUUGCUUGUGACUCAAUGUAUCUUGCACAGGAGUUCUGUGAAUUCAUUUCGCGCAGUUAGUGUUGACAAAUAGGGUAAAAAUAGAUGGGAUGAUAUCUCAAGGACACUAUGCAACGCACAAGAAUAAGUUCCAGGGGUACUUAAAACUGAAUUCAUAAAGUGGCUUUUUCGUUUCCACAUAACUGAACGUUUCUUUGUUCCAACUGAGGAAACAUGUGACACUCACCCACGUAAUGAUCAAACAGCGUUUUCGUACCUCUUGAACACGUCGAUUGUAGUAAGUAUCACUCUGAAAAUAAUCAAAAGUCAAAUCCCUAGUUACAACCAGUAAUUUCCUUUCUUUGACUACUGUUUACUUUCAGUUGUUCGAAGUUGAGACUUGCCUCUGACAAAUCCAGAAAUUGCCGAGUCUUUCGGCUUUGUGCAAUAAGCUUGAUUUGCGGCUGACAAAUCGGAGUUAAACGAGUCUUUCGGUCAAAAUGUUAAACUUACACCGUCUUCUGAGCAUCGGUGAAAUUAUUUCUGUAUUAACUUCUGUAUAACACAAAUGAGUCAAGAGAGCUUUUAAGCACAAAACAGCACUCUCCGCGCUUUUCACCCGCUUUUCACACUUUGAUGGCCGCGUGGACUCCGACUGAAGAAACUCUAGAACUCUGAGAAUAAUCCAACAUCAAAGCAAACGAGUUAGAAGCUCAACUUUUUCAUGUAUUUGAUAUCUGGUUAUACUUUAAUUAUGCUGCAAGUUCUUUGUUCUCACGUUAGCUGACUGAGCUGUGGACCCUCCGCCGCCUUCGAUCGAGACUUCACACAACUGUUUCUCUUUUGACGGAUUUUGAUCACCUUUUAAACUCAAAACUACCUUUAAUUGUUAGAAAGAUGCUAUACACACUUACCGUUGGACUUGGAAACGCUUCUCGUCGCUUUUCAGGGACGCUUAACUCGAAAUCUCGCCGAUCCACAAAGUCCUCGCGCGCGUCUUUUUGCUGGCCGCCCAUGACCAUUUGCGGGAAAAACGUUGAUACCUUGCGGCCGUGCAAGCGAUCAAAUCGAGAUUUUUUUUGGUUAUGAUCAACCGAAAAUACCCACAUUCUCUCUUCUCCAGUCUUCCUCUAUAUUACGCGGGGAGUCCUAAGGUGCCUCCUCGGCAAAAACCCUGCGGGGGCAAUUAGCGUCGAGGCUGUAACUCGAUACUCAGGUCUAAAGCAAUCACUUUCUGCGGAAUGUACACUGCAAACGAAGUUGCAUUGUGCUUGGUGAUGAUAGUGCUUUGGGUCAUCCAGCACAAACCCCAUUGAAAAUCCCUUGUAAAGACUUGGAGUGCAAAAGUCCCAACUGCGGUGGCCCACAACUGUCACGGCAAAACAAAAAGUCACGGCAAAACAAACUUUACUCACGGCAAAACAAAAUUAACUCACGGCGAAACUAAAUUAACUCACGGCAAAACAAUUAACUCACGGCAAGACGAAGAGAACGAGUUGCAGCGGUUGAUCAGCGGUUGUUAUUUGCAUCUGAAAUGGUAUGUCGUGUAACAGUACACAAACCAAAUGGCGACCUUUAUUGCUAAGAAUAGUGGUGGGGUGAAAAAGAAACCGAUGAUAAUCUUAAAAGAGUUUAUAUUUUUUCGUUUUAGUUUCAACAAGCGGCGCCAGCGACUGGCAGGCGUGCGAGUAUUCACAAUGAAAUAAGAGAACAACCGUUUUUCGUAAAAUUGUAAUUUACAGUCCUUGCAAACAAUCCGAAGAUUCAUUAAAAUUAUUACUUACUCCGAAGCGCUCAGAGUUUACAGGUUUUCAAAAGCUUUUUUCUGUUACUGCGUGAGAUUGGGGACAAAAUCGAUCACUACAUUUCGUAUCGUGUGUUUUUUCUGUGUGAAGCAACAGAAGGUGCCGGCAACUAACGAAAUUACAGGUUAACACGAAAAUCAAAUAACACCUAAACAAACAAUUUUGGCUACCGAUUUUCAGUGAAUUUCAGACAAUUUUAAGAUUCAAAAUAAAUAUUACGUACUAAAAUGCGAAAGUUAUACACCACAAAAUUGAUAAAUAGGCCUUAAAUGAAAUUCUAUCUUGUUCUCGAUAAUGCGUUGCCUAGCGCGUGACCAAAUCUACCCAGGCGGAAAUCCAAAAUGACGGUGGCAGUCUGGGCUUUGUUAUAUCACUCAAAUCUCGUUCCCGUUUGUCUCAUUUGAUAUAGAGGGAAUAAUUAAUGUUUUCAUUAAGACAGUAUUACUUUGAUUUUCCAAUAUUUACAAUGAUAGACAGUAAAUUUCGCUUUUCACCCACAUUUACUUCCAACCUUUUCUUUUGAACCAGAAACAAAAAUGAUAUAUGUUUAAAACACAUGACAUCAUCCACCCUUGUCAAAGGUAAUAGCAUGAUUAUUUCAAUUGUAAUGCCUUCUUAUCCCAAAAUUACUUUGUUUCUUUGCUACAUUAGCCAACACUGAACUGCUGCUCGUCCUCUAAAUAUGACAAUCAACCACAAAAUUCCCUAAACCAGAUAACAUAAAACAUAAUCCAAAAACUAAUAUAAGUCAUCUGUCAAUUCACGAGUUUGCUCACAGAGCUCUUUGAUUCGAGCUCACGAUGUUUUGCUCCACGUAUGGUUUGGUAGUAGAUGAAGAUGCAAACUAUUGUAAAAGCUGGGGUAAGGGUACGUUUCUUAAUUAAAAGUGUUCGUAUCUGCAUUUCUUUUAGUUCCAAAUGACGAUAGGCGUGAGAAGACACUGCUACAAAUUAGCUGAUUGGCACGUGUCUGGAAUAAGAUUGUGCAUGCAGCCUAUGUGUAAGAAGAAAACGUUCAUAAUGUUUCAACAGGUGGAAAAAAAAACAAUGAAGCAAAAUAAUGUAGCUUACACCUCAGAGGAAACUUAACUUUCACAGUGUUAUUUCCUUAAGUCUGUUUAACAUCAAUAAAACUCAAGAUAAAUGAUUUGGAAAUAAUCAGGAAUAUUUUGGCCUUUGACCUCGUGCUCUCUGACUGUUUGCAGGCGUACAGCAUUUUUCCACAUUAUGAAUGUUUUCAUCACAGGCUACAUGCACAAUCUUAUUCCAGAAACAUGCUAAUCAGCUAAUCUGUAGCAGUGUCUUAUCACGCUCAUCGUUAUUUGGAACUAAAAGAAAUGCAAAUACGAACUCUUUAAAUUAAGAAACGUACCUCUACCACAGCUUUUACAAAAGUUUGCAUCUUCAUUUGCUACCGAACCACACGCGGUGCAAGACAUCGUUAGCUCGAAAAAUGGCAGUCUUUCGAGCGAGCAGUGUGUUACUGUUACUGUUACACGACAUACCAUUUCAGAUUGAAAUAACAACCGCUGACCAAGUCGUUUUCUUUCUUUUGCCGUGACUUUUUGUUUUGCCGUGACAGUUGUGGGCCACCGUAGAAGAUAAAAUAAUAGAAAUGAAGGAACUAUCGCUAACAUUGCAACAACGACCGUAACAUGGAAGUAUCAACUGAUAAUCGGCAAUUACAUUGAUCGUAAGGAAGGCUGGAAAACGAUUAAUAAGCUACGAGGUAUUUAACUCAGACGAUACCCUUAUGUUAAAUAACCUUAUAUUGAGGAUGUGGACAUAAUCAAGCCCGAUUCCGAGCAUACAAAAAAAAAACUAACUAACCGAUUUAGUAACGAUAUAGGCCAUUUGAUAGGUGAUAAAGGGAGACUUAACUGAAACGAAUAACAAUAGAAAAAGCCUGAGAAUUAAGCCUGAAAACAAGGAAUCCAUUAAUUACUUGGUUUGCACACGUACUGAAUUGGACUUCACCCCAAACUCCUUGAGACGCCCGGCCGAAAGAGUCUUCUUCCUCAGUACCUUAGCGUAUCUCUGGGGAAUAGCAAAAAAUCGAUGACUAUCGCCCCAAACCAGUCUCCUCCAAGAGUAAGAAGGUCAUCUCCUAAGUACCUCGUUUUCAGAACGAGGGUCUGAAUAUUUUAUCACUUCAUCACAGUUUUUGAAUUCUCUGAAUGCAAAUUCAUCAGUUUUGCAGCUCAAGAUAGAAUAAUGAAGUCAGACGAGUACGGUAAAAUUUUAGUUUUGCCACCUUUUUUGGUUACUUACAUUCCCAUCUUUGUCCUUGUGAUAAUGCGGUUUUACAGAAUUCCACUGGGUGGUAUCAGUCGCUGGGUUGCCACAAAUGCAUUUUCCGAUAUAUUCAAGGAGAAGAAGAAGAAGACUUGUUGUCCUCGAGAGGCGAAGUGGCUGUUAAAAGACAUUGAUUUGACAGCGGCGAAGAGAUUAUUAUCCAAGGUCCUAUUCAGAUUUUUGAUACUGUUUUAUGUGAUGUUUGGUGCUGUGCUGACAAUUUUUUGGCAGCUCCUCUGGCGGGACGUAAGCUACGACUGCGAUGAAGAUGACCCCUCGAAAGACUGCUUCGAACGCAAAUGGACUUCGGAGCCGCAAGACCCCCUAAACUGUAGCAGUGCUGCCGUUCAAAAUUUGAUUCAAAAUGGAACCAUACAGGUCGUCUGCUACAAAAUCGUCUUCAAUUUUGGAUUGGCCAGUGGUGUAAGUUACGGCUCAUUCAAUCUCUCUAUGUUCGUCAUUAAGGUAGGUGCAAGUGCACUCUUGAGGAUUGAGACAACAAAGAUGCUACGAUGGGUGCAAGCUUUGGUUGGAUUACUGGUUCUCAGUGUUGUCAUAUCGCUCAUAGUUGUUGACGCAGUCAUUCCUUCGGCAGCCAUCUUUUUUUCGGGUUACCUAAGUACUAUCGUUCAGAUAGUAACAACAGCAAUAAUUUCAGUAGUCUUCCUGUUCUGUAUUCCCUGGCGGGAGCUCAUUGACUUGAAAACCCAGAGAGAUAACCCGCAGCGUUCUCUCUUAGAAAACUGUGCUGAGGCAUCUGUAUAGACACCACUCAAGUAGAGACUUCAAACUCUAGAAAUGUUUCGAGUAAUUACCUGAACCAGUUGAUGAAACAAUAUGCUUUAGUUACUGACUAUGACUUGUUUAUUUCCUACUAUGGGUGCGGACACUGACAGAAAUAGCCAUGUGAUGACUGUUCUUGCGAUGGGUUUUUGUGGUGAGAGUUUUACUCUUGCCAGACAGCUGGUUUUUUCGAGAACGGCAAAAUUUAACUUAUAUCUGUUUACCAUUCAUGGGUCAACCACAAUGGCAGUCUAACUAGGGACUAGUUAAUAAACUAUUCAAGGAAGUUAUACAGAGCGAAAAGAACAAGCUCUAUGGCCUUUCUUCUGCUCGUAACACACUAACCUUGAUCCUAAGAAACAUAUGGAAGUUUAGGCUCGUCUUCAAUGCCAGUCUAAAUAGGGAUUAGCUGACAAAUUAUUUAAGAAAGUUAUUAAGCUUAAAAAGAACAAGCUCCGUGACCUUUUUCUGCUCGUAACACAUGUACCUUGAUCCUAAGAAACUUACGGAAGUCUAGGCCCAUCUUCAAGACGAACAGAUUUCGUAACGGUCUUGCCGUGUUACUUUUAAUGCCCUUAAGGACUGAUCGAUUUUAUUUGACUUUAUGUUUCUUCGACAUAUUUAAUUUACUAGCAUAACACAGUUAAAUAUAUGUUUAUACUAACUUGUUUUAAACUACUGGUAGUCCUUUAUAAUGACCUUUUUGUAAUAAUCGUAUAAAUCAUUUUCUGGUCGCAAAGCGGCUAUCAAUAAACUAUCUAUUUAUCUCUCUAUCGAGUCAUUGCAUCAUAAUUCCUAUGCGUUAUUCCUGGAGAGAACUCAUGGCGUUAAACUCGGCAAGGGAACAUCUAAAUAUUACGCCAAUAAAUUACUCGCUGUGAAAAUCUGCUCCAAAAUCUGCAGACGCAUAUCUGAGGUUUAAAUCUAAGGGAAUGUGUAAAAUAGGCAAGUGAAAAAGUUGUUUAGACAGCACCUCCUAUAACUUCACGCAUUUAUUUAUCAUAGUUUAGUAUUAGAGCAUCGACAUUUCUGGCCAUGAGGUUUCUUGUUUUCCCACUCUAAGAACAUUGUCUCAUAACUAGAAAUAGUGCUGCGAGAAAAUUAAACGUUCAGGAAAUUAAGAAGACAGUCGUCCCGAAAUUGUUCAUCUCCUUGCAAGAAAGCUUAAUGAAGCGCGUAAUGCAGAUUAUUUAGAUCAAUUUUUACCUACGUUUUCCGAGUUACCUUGGUAUGCAUGAAAUUAAAACAGUGAUGAAAAUUGUCAACUUGUGCCCUUGAAUGUCAAAAACUAUAAUAGUUGCGUCAACACCAUGCCCAUCGAUGCAAAGUCUUGCUUUGACGGGAGGACUUGUUAUUUUAAGGGCACAACUAUUCAAUUUAUCAUUUCUCUUGCAUCAUACUCCAAUGCAGGAUCACUAUCUGUUGUUACAUUGUUUGAUGUAGCUUGUUGAUGUGUAUCAUUAUCGUCUGCAUCAUUUUAUAAAGUUGUGAGGUUGCUAUCAAUAUUGUUAAUAUCAACUAGUAUAUCUUGUAACAAUGGAUUAUGUACUUUGAGCCAGUUAAGAACUUGUUAUAUUAACCCUGGUCAUGAUGCUUGAAAAUAAACAUGUCCCCUAGAUUGUAACUUUCUCUUAAGCUUAAGUAUUAUUAUACAAGAUCUAUCAGAUGGAUGAGGAAGUUGAUUACAUGUCUGAUCACAUUCUACAGGUACAUUGCAUAUUGCACCCUUAAUUUUUCUCUGUUUUCCUUUAUGCAUGACCACAAUCUUCUCAAGUACUAUUCGUUGAGCUAUUCAUAUUUGUUCUAGUUUUUUCUAACGAGGAUACUUUUGUGGGUAUUUCAUCCUCAUACAUAUUGUUCACUGCAGCCUGACAUGGUAAUUUUCCUUUUAUGACCUUUGAAUGACAUGUGUUGCGUAUAUACUGUUUUCCAUCAAACGACUGUUGAAUAUUGAAAUAUGUUUGGCAAGGGUAUUUCUUGUUUAUGCAUGUUAUUACUGAUUUCUUAUAAAGUAUUCGAUUACAGACAGUACCUAUAAAAUAAGGGCCUUCUCUUAUUUUCCUCUUAAACUGGUCAAUACACAAUUCAACCGAUCUGGCUUUCACUAAUUUCUCACUGGGUUGGGAAGGUAAUUCUUUCUUCUUUUUAGCAUCCAUAGUUGAAUAUUUUCUUUUGAUGUCUUCUAGAAACCUUUUUUCGGUAACAGGUUCCAUGCUGUAAUACAUAUGUCUUUUUCUGUGUUUUCUCAUGAUGUGUUUCCUUUCAAUUUCAGUAAUUUUACAUGAAAAGAAGAUAAAUUGUAUAUCAUAUUCCAUAGUCUGACAUUCCUGUUUAUUUGCAUAAUAUUAUUAAUUUCCGCCACUAGAUUAUCCACAAAGAGUAAAUACUUACAGAAAACCUCUGUCCAGAACCACAGGCCUCUCUACCAAAAGAAUACUUUGUUUAAGUUUGAUACUUAAGCUUGCUUUAUUUGCAAAACAAUUAACAUUGAAGACAUCAGUACAUACACAUUAACACAACUGCCAAAAUUCGUUUCAGCCAGAAACUUGUUUAUUUUUUUUCAGUUAUUAAUAAUCAUGAUGUUAUCCCACUCAUCGAUCUGUAUGGCCUUGUACAAAUAUAUGAAACAUGUUUCUCCAUUAUUUUGUUCAUGAGAUGCUCAAGUUAAGAUAAAAUCUCCAAUGAUUAUUGUUAGGACCACUGCUUUGCCAAGCAACUGGGCUAGAACAGAUUGAAUAACUGGCAAUACAGAAAACAAUACUGAAUACACUUAUUGGCAACAGGUUCCAUGCUGUCAUACAUAGGUUUUUUUUCUGUGUUUUUAACGCAUUUCCUUUCAAUUUCAGUAAUUUCACAUGAAGAGCAAAUAAAUUGUAUAUCAUAUUCCAUAGUCUGACAUUCCUGUUUAUUUUGAAUAAUAUUAUUAAUUUCCUCUACUUGAUUAUCCACACCACGAAUGUGUAUUGUCUGUUUCAUUGUAGGUGAAUGACUGUCUUCAUAUGUCAGAAGAGAAAACAAUUGCUUUACUUUUGUAUUUUUUUGAUAUUAAAUACAAGCUAUACAGUAACUUGAAAUCCACAUUAAAAAGCUUGUUUUCCCAGUGUGGUUCCUUAAAAUCAAGGUCUCUAAAGAUAUUCUGUUUUCAGUUAAAUUACUUAAUUAUAUGAGACUUA